AUGUCGAAGUAUACUCUUUCACGGAUCCCAAAAGAUGUCCAGUACAUUUUCAAAGUCUAUGAGACUGCAAGCCAUUCUUUUCGGCCCUUUGACGACAAAUUGGUAGGCCAGUUCGUAGAUAGAACGGGCCUGUACUACGAAAUGUUUAACCGACGUAAGCUCCUCUCGGAUGGCACAAACGGCCCGAUUUUCAACAAGCAGGAUUUCCCACUCGUGACACGUGAUAUUGUGCUGACGAUAUUCGAAACGCCGCUUCAGCUUGAAAAAAAACUAGACAUACCCACAGACUUUCUGGCCUUGUCCGACCUGAGUCCUUUUGCUGACUUGGAACCCGUAUUCAGCGAUUGGCAAACCACCGUUAAGCAUUUUUCCGACCACCAGGCACGCAUUCUUUCACUGCUAGCGGCGCACUUCUCACCCCUCUCGGCCGUCGAGAGUCCAUUGGCCCAGAAAUCCAUGAAGUGGUACCAGAAACUUCUUGCCAACACCCCAGUAAUUUUCUUUCUCAGCCAGAAUCAGAGACUCAUGGCCGAGUCCAAUCUUCGAGGUCUCAACCAUCCGUUCGACAAGUUCAGCAGUCGCCUUGGUCAAAUCUGCCGGCGGUAUGUGGAUGACUCAAAUGUCGACAAGCGUAUAAGAAACUACCACCUCACAAAUCUUGUUACCACGGACAUCUUCCAACUUGCGAUUGCAAGCGAAGCCCGAGAAAACGCAAGUGCGGCCACCGACGGCGAUGGUUUGGGGGACCGUCUUGCCGAGUUGCGUCGGCCAGACGUGGUCGGACCAAACCACGAGCCCUUUGAUUUGGCAAUGCUUGCCCAAGCCAAGAUUAAGAUUAACUUUCCUAUCAGGCAGGUCGAAAGGGCGCUAAGCGGCGUGAGACAUACGCUGCAGCUCCCGGAAGUCUUUCCUUACGACAUACACUACAAGGAUAUGUACAUGCUCACAAUCGAGUCCCUGAUCUUCCAGGAUAACCACGAGGCAUUGCUAGAUCUCAUUGCGCAACAAACUCAGUUUGACGUUUUUGCUGUACGGAUUUCCAAGACACAUUCUCCGCAGUUCGAUCUCUCCAUGACGACAGAACCGACGUCGGGACCAAGCACCGCACCCACGUACGAUCAGCUUCUAGACUGGGCAGAAAAGCAGCAUCACCCGUCAGAGCUGCGUCACGUGACGCAGCUUCUCGAGCGGCUCGGGCACUGGGGUUUGGUCGAGGUGGAGGAGAACGGCAGCGGUUCUGCAUUUUAUGUUUUCAAGGAUUCGAAGCACCCCGCAAAUUGAGGCAGUGACAGGACGUCUUCCGCUUCUUGUGCGUUGUUGGGGCGCUCUUCUCGUUUGGAGAUUGAGCCCCAGAUGGGCGAGGACAUGGGUGAAGAAGACGACAUUUGAAGAGGAAAAGAAGGCAGAAUAUCAGCACAUCAACAAAUCAUCAGAUCGACAUAUCAUCAGAUCAAGAUAUCAUCAGAUCAACAAAUCACCAUAUCACCAUAUCAGCAUAUCACCAGAUCAACAUAUCAUCAGAUCAACAUAUCACCAGAUCACCAGAUCAACAGAUCAACUUAUCAUCGCAUCCGCGCAUCAUCAGAAAACAAUCCAUCCGGCCUUCUCGCGGCCCAGUCCUACAUGACACGUGACUGUCUCUGUCACCUUGACGCCAGCUCCGGUUCGGCCCCGGCUUUCCAUAUACUUCCAUCCUAUCCUGUCACGUGUCCACUGCGUGUUG